AUGGUGCUCACCUCUAUGACCUUGAACUCUCUGAACACCCAGUCAGCGAAGAAGCUGUUCACCUGCCAGCUGUGCAACAAGGUGCUAUGCAGCAAAGCGUCCCUGAAACGCCACGUUGCCGACAAGCACGCCGAGCGACAGGAGGAGUACAGAUGCGUCAUCUGCGAGCGGGUGUACUGCUCGCGUACGGGCAACGGGAUGCAUCCAGCAUCGACGCCUCCCUCUGCCAUGUACCGGAUGCCGCCGCCAACGGCGGGCGGCAUAAACGAGCCUCAGGAAUGCCCGUACUGCCGUCGCAACUUCUCAUGCUACUACUCCCUGAAGCGUCAUUUCCAGGACAAGCACGAGAAAUCGGACACCCUGCACGUUUGCGAGUUUUGCAACCGCAGGUACCGCACCAAGAACUCGCUCACGACGCACAGGAGCCUCCAGCAUCGCGGCUCGAGCGGCAUGCUGAAGAGGCUGCUCAAGACCACGUCGAUAAAGAACGUACUAGGCAGCAUGCACCAGACCCAGAUGCAGCAGCAGCCGCAAUGAAAAUGUCGGGACCGUCUUAAGAUCGACCCGUCCCCGGACUCUCUUAUGCGACGCCAUCCACGGCGACGCGUUCGCGUUUCCAUCCGGUUCCUCGCGUCGACGACAGAUCGGCGUUCCUCCGUCGCGGGGACGCGUUCCCGCCGCCGUCGCAGCCCUCGUUUCGCGGUCCUCCUCGUCUCAAGACUGCGAUCAAAUCCAAAGAGGAAAGGAGGGAGUAAUCGACCGGGACGCGAUCCAUAAACGUUCGCUCGAUGGUCGAAGAAUACAUUCCAUUUAAGGUACCGAUUUUAAACAAGGUCUCGAGGCGCGUUGUUUCGAGACAUUCGACGAGGGGGUCGCGAGGACGUCGGUCACGCGCGGGUCACUCGCGGAAUCGCGUCCCCGCUCGCGGGGGAACGGAACGCGAGUGCAGAGGUCGGAGAGAAACACGGGUGUGAAGGGAUACGUAAUCGUGUGUGUCAUCGCGGUAAUUGGAACCGAUAGGCGAUCGUGGAUCGCGAGGAUCCGAGGAUCUUAGGCCUAAGCGACAUUCAAUUACAAUAGUCUGCGGAAUACGUGCUCAAAUUUUUGGAAACCGAAAGAGAGGAAAGGGACGGAAGGGACGAGGUUUUGGAUGUAUCGAGGCAGACCGAAAGACGAUGAGAGUAGGAAGGGGGAGGAGGAGCGUGGAAAAGUGCAAGUAGAAGUUAUAUGGGCUUUUACACGUGUACAGGUCCGUCGU